AUGUCUUCGGCUAAAAUUCGCGACUCCGCGCUAAAUGCUAUCAAACGCUAUUUGCAAUCUAGCAAAGUGGAUGCUCUGUCGGUGGACACUGAGGUAAUAACUACUUACCUCCAAUUGUUGGAGGAGCAAUGGAUUCGGUUUGGCGUAGCACAACAAGAGGUGGAACUUACAUGUGGUGGCGAGAACGUUUCUAUGGAGGAGCAGGCACGCAUACAAGGUGAGGAGUGGUACAGCACCGCUAAAUCUAACUUGAAACGCCUGUGCGUAACUCAAAGGCAGCAGACAUUGCAAACUACCGUUCCUGAUUCAACUGCUCCUGUACCGCUUCCAAAGCUACAGUUGCCAUCAUUUAGUGGUGAUCCCACUCAAUGGCUUCCUUUUCAUGAUGCUUUUUGCUCACUCAUUCAUACGAAUGUCAAUUUGUCGGACGGACAAAAAUUACACUAUUUACGAAACUGUUUAAGUGGGGAAGCAUUCGAUUUGGUGAGUAGCUUAGCAGUAUGUGAUAGCAAUUACGCUGAAGCUUGGGACUUAUUGACCGCGAGGUAUAAGGUCAUGCGUGUCAUGGUGGACAGCCACAUCAAAGCACUCAUGGCAAUUGGAAAUGCAGCCAAGGAUACUGCUAAGGGAAUAAAGCAAGUGCUUAAUUCCAUACUUCAACACGUUGGCGCUCUACGUGCACUCCAACGACCAGUCGAAUUCUGGGAUGACUGGCUCGUUCACUUAACCGUUUCAAAGUUAGCACACGAAACCCGCAAGCAAUGGGAGUUAUCGCUCGUCAUGGAUGAUCUACCAUCUUUCUCCGUUCUUGGAGAAUUUCUUGAAAACCGCGCACGCUCACUGGAGAUGGUACCACUACUCAACACUACCGCAAAGACAACAACAACAACAAAGAAUGUUUUCCAUACGGCAUUUACAGAGCCAGAAGUAAAUAUCGCUACAUCAACCGCUACUAAGGGCCCGCAUUGUUCUUAUUGCAAUCGUGAUCAUAAAAUCUACGUCUGCUCACAGUUCAGCCAACUCGACUCCAAGGGUAAACUAACUGCUAUUAAGAAAUUAGGUGCAUGUAUAAAUUGUCUCAGCAAAGGGCAUAUCCUCGCUAACUGUCACAGCACAUCGUCGUGUCGUAUAUGCCAACGACGUCAUCAUACCUUACUUCACGAAAACUUUACCAAUCAACCGGCAAGGCUCAAUGCUCUUUCAAAUGAACAACGUUUAAAUGUAACCGCACACUACGCCGACGCUAAUCGCGUCAUUCUACUAGCAACCGCUGAAAUUAUGGUACAAGACUAUACCGGUCGUUGGCAACCCGCUCGCGCACUUCUUGACAACGGUUCACAUGCCUCAUUCGUCACCGAGGCGUGUGUACAACGCCUUCGUCUUCCCAGAACGCUGUCAUCCGUUCACGUCACUGGGAUCGGCUCACUACAAGGAGGACGCGCAAAGGGAGAAGUUACACUCUCCAUAUCAACACGAACGCUUGAUACUAAAUUUCAAGUAAGUACGCUCAUCUUACCGAAAAUUACUAACGAUCUUCCAACCUCCGCUUUACCGACGACUUCUUGGCCGCAUCUUACGGAUUUGUCACUAGCCGACCGCUAUUAUUCCCAGCCCGGACCAAUAGACAUUUUAAUUGGAAUGGAUGAGAUGGACAAGUUUCUACUACACGGACUCCGUAAGGGUGAACGGGGUACACCAAUGGCACAAAAUACUGUAUUCGGAUGGUUUUGGGAGCUCGAAGAACUACCCGCCCGCAAAUUCCUCUCACCUGAAGAAUCUAUGUGUGAGAAACUAUACGACGAUACGACCGAACGUGCACCGGAUGGUCGCUACAUCGUGCGUUUACCUUUGAAGAAAAACGUAUUGAUUGGUGAUUCAAGAGAAGCAGCUAUUCGAGCAUUACUCCGCAUGGAAAGAAGAUUUACAGCUAACGAACAACUUCGCAAAGAGUAUACUAUGUUUAUGGAUGAACUCACCUCUAUGGGACACAUGGAACCAGCUGAGACGACAACAGAUAAACUGUACUAUAUGCCACAUCAUGCGGUGGUAAAGACCACAAGUCAAACAACAAAACUUCGAGUCGUUUUCAACGCAUCUAUGAAGUCGACCUCUGGGAAUUCUUUAAACGAUGCCCUCAUGUUAGGCCCACAGCUGCAACAAGAUCUAUUUUCCAUUUUGGUUCGCUUUCGCACUCACCGUUUCGGAAUAAUAGCCGAUAUCGAAAAGAUGUAUCGCCAAGUUUAUGUCGCUAAAGAGGACACAGAUUAUCAACGCAUAGUUUGGCGUUCGAAUCCAGCAGAUCCAGUUCGUGAUUAUCGUCUCUUAAGGGUCACGUAUGGAGUCGCCUCAGCAUCACAUCUUGCUGUUAAGUCACUACAUCGAGCCGCACUUAACGCGUCAAACGCAAGCAAGGAUGUCAUUGAUGUUAUAAUGUCGGACUUUUAUAUGGAUGACUUACUAUCUGGUGCUGAUACAUUUGAUGAACUCGCUUUACUUCAAAAAAACGUCUCCCAUGCGCUCUCUGAAAGUGGGUUCGAACUUCGCAAAUGGGGAACUAAUUCUCAAAUGCUUAGAGAUAUGAUACCGCACGCAUCUAAACAAAUUUCGCAUCUCUUAGCCGAUGGAGACCAAAUCCGCACUCUUGGUACCAUAUGGCACACGAACAACGAUUGGCUUUCUAUAGCAGUGAGUUUUAACGACCUACCUCCUAAACUUACAAAACGAACGUUUCUCUCCGACUCAAGUAAGGUAUUCGAUCCACUAGGUUUGAUCGCGCCCUGUACAAUCCGCUCUAAGAUUUGGCUACAGAAACUUUGGCGCUCAAAUGUGGAUUGGGAUGAACCAGUUCCUUCAGAAAUUGCGAGGGACUGGUUGGCACAUCGUCGUGAAUUACAGCAACUAUCGGCGCUAAAACUAAGCCGCUGGUUAGGAACUAGCAAAACUUCUGACUCUCAGUAUCACAUUUUUACCGACGCAUCAGAAGUCGCAUACGCAGCCGCACUUUACUGUCGCACACAAUUUCCGGACGGAACGAUUAAGGUCGUACUAGUAGCAGCGAAAACAAGAGUAGCGCCUCUGAAAACUAUUUCGUUACCACGACUCGAGCUUUGCGCAGCUCAUUUGGGAGCAAAGCUGGUGAAGCAAGUUCAAUCGAAUCUGAACCACACUUUCUCAAAAUUAUACGCAUGGACGGACUCAAUGAUUACCUUAGCGUGGUUACAAGGCAACCCUAGCCGUUGGUCAGUAUUCGUGGCCAAUCGCGUCGCUGCAGUACAAGAUAUUCUACCAGCAACCCACUGGAGGCACGUUGCGUCAGAGCACAAUCCCGCCGAUUGCGCUUCAAGGGGCAUAUCACCAUCGCAGCUUCUCAAACAUCAACUUUGGUGGCAUGGUCCGCAAUGGCUACACGAGAACAACAGUAACUGGCCGAUUUCCGCAAAAUCACACACUACAGAUCUCGAGCUAAAAUCUAGCAAGGCUGUAACACUGCUAACGCAAACUACUGACGUUUGGGAUUUUUUGACGAAGUAUCAUUCAUUCAGCAAACUUAAACGCAUCACCGCUUAUUUAUUACGCUUCAUCAAUAACGCAAGGGCUAGCGCCGGGAUACGAAAAACCGGCGGCUUGUCUUGCGUUGAAAUUCAAAACGCUGAAAUAGCAUUGAGAAAAUAA